CCCAGUUUGGGGAUGAGCAAGGAAAACAUACAAAACAGGACAAGGCAUGUAACUGAACAAUUGUGUAUAGUAAAAUACCUAAUCACGACAGCUACAGCAACGACUUCGUUCUUGCACGUCCAGACUUUGUAGCUGUGUCGUCUGUUUCGAUCGACGACCUCAUUUAUCAUCAACAAUGCCGAGCAACAAGGGCGAUAAAGGCGAGCGGUCGGAGGUUAGCGACAAUGUCAAAGUGGUGGUGCGAUGUCGUCCGCUCAACCAGAAGGAGAAGAUGCAGGGUCACAAACAGUCCGUCAGCGUGGACGAGAUGAGGGGCACCAUCACUGUCAACAAGCACGAGACGCCCAACGAGCCGCCAAAGACGUUCACCUUCGACACCGUAUUUGGGCCCGACAGUAAACAGUUGGAUGUGUACAACUUGACAGCAAGGCCCAUUGUAGACUCUGUGCUAGAGGGUUAUAAUGGAACGAUAUUUGCCUAUGGACAGACGGGAACAGGCAAAACGUUCACCAUGGAAGGUGUGCGGGCUGUUCCUGAGCUCAGAGGUAUCAUCCCGAACUCCUUCGCUCACGUCUUUGGGCACAUCGCCAAGGCGGAGGGAGACACCAGGUUUUUAGUCAGAGUGUCCUAUCUGGAGAUCUACAAUGAAGAAGUGCGAGACCUGUUGGGCAAAGACCAAAUGCAGAGAUUGGAGGUAAAAGAGAGACCAGAUGUGGGAGUGUACAUCAAAGACCUGUCUGGAUAUGUGGUGAACAACGCAGAUGACAUGGACAGAAUCAUGACCCUGGGACACAAGAACCGUUCUGUGGGGGCGACCAACAUGAACGAGCACAGCUCGCGCUCCCACGCCAUCUUCACCAUCACCAUCGAGUGCAGCGAGAAGGGCGUGGACGGAAACCAGCACGUGCGCAUGGGCAAACUCCACCUGGUGGACCUGGCGGGCUCAGAGCGUCAGGGCAAGACGGGCGCCACGGGCCAGCGUCUGAAGGAGGCCACCAAGAUCAACCUGUCCCUGUCCACCCUGGGCAACGUCAUCUCGGCGCUGGUGGACGGCAAGAGCACCCAUGUGCCCUACCGCAACUCCAAACUCACACGCCUGCUCCAGGAUUCACUGGGAGGAAACUCCAAGACCAUGAUGUGUGCCAACAUCGGGCCUGCAGACUACAACUAUGACGAAACCAUCAGCACACUGCGCUACGCUAACCGCGCUAAGAACAUCAAGAACAAGGCUCGCAUCAACGAGGAUCCCAAAGACGCCCUGCUGCGGCAGUUCCAGAAGGAGAUCGAGGAGCUCAAGAAGAAGCUGGAAGAGGGAGAGGAGAUCUCUGGUUCGGAGGGCAGCGGGUCGGAGGAGAUGGACGAAGGAGAUGACGAGGCGGGAGGAGAGGGUGGAGAACGCCGACGCAAGCGCAGAGGGAGGAAGAAGGUGUCCCCGGACAAGAUGGUGGAGAUGCAGGCGAAGAUUGAGGAGGAGCGUCGGGCUCUGGAGGCCCAGCUGGACAUGGAGGAGGAGGAGCGCAACAAGGCCCGCGCCGAGCUGGAGAAGAGGGAGAAGGACCUGCAGAAGGCACAGCAGGAGCACCACCUGCUGCUGGAGAAGCUGUCUGCCCUGGAGAAGAAGGUGAUCGUGGGCGGCGUGGACCUGCUGGCCAAGGCGGAGGAGCAGGAGAAGCUCCUGGAGGAGUCCAACCAGGAGCUGGAGGAGAGACGGCACCGCGCAGAGCAGCUGCGCAGAGAGCUGCAGGAGAAGGAGCAAGAGCGUCUGGACAUUGAGGAGAAGUACACCAGCCUGCAGGAGGAGGCCCAGGGCAAGACCAAGAAGCUGAAGAAGGUCUGGACCAUGCUGAUGGCCGCUAAGUCUGAGAUGGCUGAUCUGCAGCAGGAGCAUCAUCGUGAGAUCGAGGGGCUGCUGGAGAACAUUCGCCACCUGAGCCGGGAGCUGCGGCUGCAGAUGCUCAUCAUAGACAACUUCAUCCCUCAGGAGUACCAGGAGAUGAUCGAGAACUACGUGCACUGGAAUGAAGACAUUGGAGAGUGGCAGUUGAAAUGUGUUGCGUACACUGGUAACAACAUGCGGAAACAGACCCCCGUGUCAGACAAGAAGGAGAAGGAUCCGUUUGAGGUGGACCUGUCCCACGUGUACCUGGCCUACACGGAGGAGAGCAUGCGGCAGUCCCUUAUGAAGCUGGAGAGGCCCCGCACCUCCAAGAGCGGCAAGGGCCGGCCCAAAACGGGACGCAGGAAGCGUUCAUCCAAGCCAGAGGCCGUGAUCGAAUCCUUGCUGCAGUGAGCACUGGUGAAGAAAUGGGAGAGUACCGAUGAAGAGGAGACCAGGUGACCGCUUUGUUUUUUAGAAGAACUCUAAUCGUUUCCACACACCUUGAGUCACCUGUUAUGGAGAAGGUUUAAAAUGUCUGACCACUGUUUGAGAAAAAAAAAACCUCUGUUGUUAUGAUGACUUAAGGUAACAUUUCAGGAAAAGAAAAAAAGUCUUACACGUUUGCCCUCUUGUAUUAUAAUCUGAACAGUAGGCGUCAUGAAUGUGGGUGCAUUAGAUAAAUGAACAGGGAAGUUGGCCGAGAUGCUCUGCAGGCUUGUAAUCAAUGUUAUCUUGUAAUAUUCUGUCUUUACAACCUGGAAGCAGUUUUAAGGAGAAGAAAAAAAAAGUUUUGUCCUUUAACCAUUUAUCAAUUCGUAACAAUCUAUGUCUGGACAACUCUUUUAGGAAAAAAUGUUUUAUUCAUGUCUUGAUCCUUGUAUAAGAACAUCUGGACAGUAGUGUUUUCCCACGACUAAAUCUGGGGUGUGUUUCUCGACAACUUUGUUGCUAGAUAAGUUAGCAACUUCACUGGUUGCAAUGUGAUUUCCCAUUGGAAACCUAGUAAGUUGCUAACUGGUUAGCAACGAUGCUUUCGAGAAACGGGGUCCUUGAUGGCAGUGACGGUGGUGGAGGAGUGGUUGCAGGCCUUCUGGUGAUUCAUACAGGUGUCCACCUUACUGUUAGGGAAGUGCAAUGAAACCUUUUACCAGUCAUGGUAGUAUGUAUGUUUGUGUGCGCUGUACUUUUCUCUCUCUCUCUCUCUCGCUCGCUCUCUCUCUCUCUUUCUCCCUUUUUUAUUUGAAUGGUGUGAUUGGUGGUUGGGUUGGAGGUUAGCCGAGAAAAAAAAGAAACCCUUGCAUGCGAUAUCAACACCUCCCCUCUCUCCCCUGAUCUCCUUUACACUUUUUUAGUAGUGCCAGCUGACUCGAGGUUUCUUUUUGUUUCUUUUUUUUUUUUUGCUUGAUUGUUUUUUUUUUUAUGGUCAUUAUCAUUUUUGUAUUACAUUUCAGAAUGUUUACAUGUUGUGUGCUUUCUUUUGAAGAAUGUCUGUUAAUUUAUUAAAUUAUUUUACUGACUUAA